UGAUGACUCACGCAGACAAUGCCCUUAUUUGGAGUUAUCUUACACAUCUGAUCACACAAGGGAACUCACUCUUAUUAUCCGUGUUAAAAAAAAAAAAGUGAACAAAAGCUGUAAGUAGAUAGAAGAUUGAACAUUAUUUUGAUUAAUCUAAAUUAUAUUAAAACAUCUUCCUAAAAAUGUUGUCCAUUUCAACUAUUAUUAGUUAUUUUAAAUUAAGUUAAAAUGUACUUACGUGACAGAAAUAGUAUGUUUUCUACUUCAUCGUUGUUUUGAAUUCUCGCCAUGUUCCUUAAUCUAGAGUGCUACCAUUAAUCAAGAUGGCGUCUGGUGUUAAAGUAUCCGAAGACACUGUGGAGUUGUACAAAGCAAUGAAGCUUCGAAAAACAAAUAAUAGAUAUUUGAUUAUGUACAUCGAUCAAACUGAUGGACUGAUAAAAGUAGAAUACACAAAAGAAAGGAAUGACAGUAUUUCUCAAGAGGAUGAGUUUAGAGAAUUCCUAGAGAGAUUACCGACGGAUGUUGGUCGUUACUGCAUUGUAGACUUGACCAUUCCUCAGAAAAAUGGAGCUUUGAAGGACAUCAUGUUUCUUAUUACAUGGUAAGAAGAAUUAAAUAUCAGAAAAAGAUCAUUGUUACUUUAAAGAAUGGAAUGCUUCUUUGAGUGCCAGUAUGGAUUUAAAUUUUAAUGCCUCCCAACUCAAACUGCCAACUCUUUUAUAGAAUAUUAUUAGGCCCACUUUGACUUAAGUUGUAGGUAGGCUAAAGUUCCAGAUGCCUUAUGCCUUACUUAUGACAAUUAAUGAUUAUUGUUUUUUUUUAAACAGUUAAGCAACCAAACUUAACAGAAUCACAGAUCAUGGUUGAAACUUUCAGAUUUUAACAAUGCAAAUAAUAUUCUACCAAGCUCAUUUUUGUUAUUGAAUAAUGUUUUCAAAAUUACAUUUAGCCAAGACAAUUAAUUAUAAAUUAUUACCCUUACUUAGUUAUGCAAUUUCAUGUGACCGUUGAUUUUUUUUAAAAUUUAGGGUAGUGUUUAUUUUGACCCAUUUGUUAUCUAAUAUUUCUAUAACUUUCUUUAUUUUUACAGGUGCCCAAAUAAUUCCCCACUAAAGUCUAACAUUUUGUACACAACCUCUAAAAAGGCUCUAACAGACAAAAUUCGUGAAGGUAUGACAGACAUCCAAGCCAAUGACCUUUCAGAUCUUGUCUACAGUGAAUUACUAGAAAGGGGAUGCAAGUAGAGACAAAUACAUCGCAGAGAGACCUCCAAGCUCUUGAAAGUUAUGACUUGAAAAAAAGCUCAUAUUGAUUAGGAGCUUCAUGGGGAUCUUGAGCCUUGUGCAUACAUUUUUUAAAUCUUUUUAUUUAGAAAAAUGAAAAUUUAAAUGUUCUUUGGAAGUAUUGUACCGUAUGUAAGUUUGAAUACUAAAAUUCAUGUGAAGGUUUUAAUUUAUAAGUCUAUUGUAUACAUUGGCAUAAUUGUAUGUGCUUGUAUUAAUAGCAGUACCACCCUGCUUUUAGAAACAAAAUUUUCAAGUGAUCUGAUUUUUAUUUUCAGUUAAUUACAAAAACUUUUGAAAUAUUUAUCUACAUAAUUAUUUUAAAUUUUGGAUUGCUCAAAACUGCCUCAUUAAAAAUAAUUGUUUGGUAAUUUUGUAAUAAAAACAGUUACCUGUGACGGAUUGUUUCAAACAAUUGAUAAUUUUUUCCCCAUUACAUGGAAUAUUAUUUUUUAUAGCUAGGAAAUUAAAAAAUUUUGAUUCUCCCACAAAUGCUUAACUGCAUCUCUUUGCAGUAAAUUUAUUUGCUACUUUCAUCUAAAUCAAUAUUUGUUUUAAAGUUUUUAAAAAGAUUGAAAAGUUUAAAAAAUUUCAGUGAAUUGCUCAAAACUUGUCUUCUCUGUUAUUGGUUACCUCUCCACAUGGGUCUCUCUGUGUUUAAAAAGUAAUAGAUUUGCUUCAGAUGUUGUCUUAUUUUCAUUUUAUGGAUGUGGCCCUCUUGUGCCUUAAGCGUUCAUGUGGCCACUUUUUAUCUAAAGAGGAACUUGGGCCAAAAUAUUUUAAGCAAGACUUUCUUUCUUCACUUACUGUUUAUUUCUUUCUCUAGUCCCAAUGUUAAACAUUUUGUUGCAUGCUAGAAUUUUUUUAUGUACAAGAUUCAGAAAAUCCCAAUCUUUACUAAUUUGUUUGCUCAUUUUAAAUUUACAUAGCAGGUAUUAUUUAUAAAAACUUAUAUUUCUUCAUUAGGCUUUGAAAACAUCAACUUAGUUUUUUAAAAAUUGUUUCAUUUAACAAUUUAUAUCCACAUAAAUUAAAAAUCCCCUUAUAUCAACAUGAGAUUUUAUCCCAGUAUGUGAACUCAAUAACUUUGUCAAGACAGACACUAUUUAUUUCACUUCAUUUAGUUAAAUGAAGGAAUCUCUAUUUUUACUGUAGCUAGCAUAAUUAACCGAUGAAAUAUCUUUAUUACGGUAUAUACUGAGUCCAUUUUUUACAAAAUAGCUAUUGAUCUGUGUUAAAAAAAACUCAAUCUUUGCUAAAAAUUGGACUUCAACUAGCCAAAUUUUAAUUUCGAAGUUGUGGGUUAUUCAUUUAAAAGGAGGAAGAAAACAUUUUGGGAUGAGUGCACAGCAAAUAAGAGAGUAUUCAGGAAUUUUUUGUUGUUGCUAUGUUAUAUAGAUGCCGAUCUGUCGUGUGGAUAAAAAGUGUGGAUAUAAAAUGUUAAAUUUCAUGUUGAUUUUUUUCUAUUGGCCUUGCUUCUACUCUGUGUAAAAUACCUAUUUAGUAAGAUAUGGAUUGAUAAUUUUAUAAAAACAGUCAGAGUGUUUUCACAUGUAUUAGAAAGUCUAUGUGAAAUAUGAAAGUAUUAGUACUCUCAAUUGAAUAGUUUUGGUUAGUGUUAGCAGAGGCAGAGGUAGACUGCUGUUUAUAAAUUGAUUGUUAAAUAUAAAAGCUAUUGUGGUUCUCUUUAGCGUUUAAUGUGAAACUCAUUUUUAUGUAACGGUAGUUUAUGACAAUGCCUGUUUAACAAAUUUUUAAAAUCAAGCUAUUACUUUAAAAAAGAAAAUAUUAAAAUUGUAAACACAAAUAUUUGAAUUUGCUAUUUCAAAGAUAAAUUAAUUUUCCUAUUCUUGAUAGCCAUGCUUGAAAGCAUUAAUUAACACUAUCAAACAUAUGCAGGCUAAAAGAAAAAUACCAGUUAUAUUAAUUUUAAUCAUCAAAUUCUCUGAUCUUCACUUAGCAAAGCUCUGUCUCAUCCAAUAGUGUUUUUUGUCAUAUGGGGUUGACAACUACCCACUCACACUUAUUUAGAUGUAUGAUAUGUGUUUUUUUUAAAUUUAUUAAAAAGAUUUCUAUACACCUAUGUUUAAGAAUUAGUUUGAAAAUAACCUAUAUUUUAUUAUUGCAAAUAAGUAUAUAAAUUUAUAUCUUUAAUUGAACACACAAUAAUCUACCACAUUAUUUAAAUAAUGUCUUGCAGAUGUAGACUUCAAUUGUUUAUUAGUACAUUAUGCUAAGGAAGCCAUUUUGUUGCUUAUUCAUACAUUUUUCCUCUAAGGCCUGUUUCAGUUAUAAAAGAAACUAAUAAUAUUAAAAAUUGUUGAAAAUUGUGUCCCUAUUAUCACAUGAUCCAGCCAUAUAAAAAUAACCAACCAUUCCCAUCUCUGUUUUGUUUCUGCCAUAUUUCUUGUAGUGUUUUAAAAUUUUGGUACCGGGUACACAAAGUAUUGUUUGUAGAUCUGAAUUUGACUAAGCCCUUGCCUGUGAAUGCCAAUCUCUUAGAAACUUACAAGUCUUUUUAUUGUUACUGUUUGAACCUAACAAAUAUACACAUAAAUUUACACAAGUACCUUUUUUUUCUUAAAGCCAAGGAACUUGGUGCUAUUUUUCUUCAAAUUUUAACAACUUUUAUUAAACUUUGUCUUGUCAACAGCCAAGAUACAAGUUUGUUCCCCCCCCCCCAAUUGUAUAAGAUUAGUUACCACAAUAACACUUUUGUGUUGUAAUGCAUUUAAAAUGAUUUUUACCUGUACUGAAUUGUAUUAGUUGGUUAUGAAAUCUUAGUGAAUACCAGCGUUUUUUUAAAAUAUUUUUUUUAUUUUUUAAUAACAGAACGUUAUUCAAUAAUUUGAUCAGUCUGAGUACAACUUGUUAAGAAAAGCAGAGUUUGAAAUAAUAAGGUUGUUAGAACUAUGAUGGAAAGCUUUGUUGAUGGAAUGUUCUAGUAAGAUCUACCCAUACUUGACUUGUAUAAACUGAUGCAUGUUAUUGUUAUUCAACACACACCCCCCCCCCCUUUGUAGACAUAAAGGCCCACCCAUAAGUUUAUUUCCAUCAACUUACAUGAAUGACACUUCAGCUUUGUUCAUCCAGUUCUCAGUUGAUUGUUCCCUUGUUUCUCCAUUCCCUUGAUUUAACAUAUUAUAUCCUUGUAUUGAUUUGGCUUUGCUUGCUCUCUAAAACUCUUCAUUUACUGCUCAUUUUGGUGUGUGCUUACUAAUGCAGAUGCAAAUGAAACUACUUACAAUAAUUUCAGUUUUAAGAAAUUUUGUUUUACAAAAAUUGGAAAUGAUAGUUUAUGAAUUUGAUAAUCAUUCAUUGUAAUAAAAUAAACUUAUACAUAUUAUAAUAAUAUGUACAUUCUUUUUUUUUUCUUAAUUACAAGGGUUAAUUAAAAAAAAAAUUACAUUUAUAAAAUAUUGGAAAGAUUAUUGUAAAUCCUUGAGCUGCAUAAAAAAACUGUGGGCUGUGUGUGAUAGGAAAGGCCUUAAUAGCCUCCAAGAAUAUACUGACUAUUGUAAAAAAUGUCAUUUGGUGAAAUGUAAUUUUUUUAAAAUUUUAUCGAAUGACCUUAAAAAAAGUAAAAUGUUUUAAAAUAAAUUAAAAGAUACAUUAAAAAAUAUUUGGAAACUUGUUUCUGUCUAAUCUAACAAGCGAAAAUCUCAAGAAAUGAAAUUGUACAAAUAAAUGAGCAUCCCCUAUAAUCAUUCACUUCUUAAAAUACAGAUCUGCUUCUCCACAUCAUGUUACUUAUUGGUUCACCCUCAAGAUAAGGUAAAAAUGAAAAUCUUGUGACCCAAAACAUCUACAGUGCAAAUGAAUUAUAUUAACAUUUAUAUAGAGUCAAGUCCCACAUAAGUCAAUGACAACAGUGACACCAACCCCCCCCCCCCUUUCUGCAGCUUUCAACGUUGAAUGGGUGAAUGAAUGUCUUAUUUACACCCAAGUAAUACUUAAGCUAAGGUGAUAUCAGAACACAGGCUCCAUGAGAAUAAUUUUGAUGGCCCUAGGCCCCAAACACGCUGGUACUGGCGUGUGUCGUUUGUUACGUGUUGUCUCUUAAUUCUUAAUCCAGUAUCAGUGUAAGACAAAUGACAUCAUAGGCCACUGGAGAGGAUGUUCCUACCAGGCCAUGAGUUGGAGACCCCUUUCUUUAGUUUUGCAUGUUGGAUAUGUAUUUUCCUCUAGAACCACUCCGCUCAACUCCAUGACAUUGCAUGCUCUUUACCUUUUUUUAAGUUAGUGUAACUUUUCAAACUGAUGCAAUACUUUUUGUGUUUGUGCAACUGCAAAAUAAAAUGACAAAUUGAAAAAAAAAAAACCUACCACUUUUUAUUUAUUGUAAUAAAG